GGCAGGGAGAGGCGGGGCGGACGCGGAGCCUCUGUUAGUCUCGCGCGGCAGUAGUGAGCGCGUUAAGGGUCCUGUUCUGCGUUUUGCGCAGCUAGGCAGCAGCGGCAGCAGGAGCAGCAGCCGCAGUGUGAGGGAGCCAUGAAGCAUUACGAGGUGGAGAUUCUGGACGCGAAGACUCGGGAGAAGCUGUGCUUCCUGGACAAGGUGGAGCCCCAUGCCACCAUCGCAGAGAUCAAGAACCUUUUCACUAAGAGCCAUCCGCAGUGGUACCCCACCCGCCAGUCCCUCCGCCUGGACCCCAAGGGCAAGUCCCUGAAGGAUGAGGACGUUCUGCAGAAGCUGCCUGUGGGCACCACGGCCACACUUUACUUCCGGGACCUGGGGGCCCAGAUCAGUUGGGUGACGGUCUUCUUGACAGAGUACACGGGGCCUCUUUUCAUCUAUCUGCUCUUCUACUUCCGGGUGCCCUUUAUCUAUGGCCACAAAUACGACUUCACGUCCAGCCGGCACACGGUGGUGCACCUGGCCUGCAUCUGCCAUUCAUUCCACUACAUCAAGCGCCUGCUGGAGACGCUCUUCGUGCACCGCUUCUCCCACGGCACCAUGCCCUUGCGCAACAUCUUCAAGAACUGCACCUACUACUGGGGCUUCGCUGCGUGGAUGGCCUAUUACAUCAACCACCCUCUCUACACGCCCCCUACCUAUGGAGCUCAGCAGGUUAAACUGGCACUUGCCAUCUUUGUGAUCUGCCAGCUGGGCAACUUCUCCAUCCACAUGGCCCUGCGGGACCUGAGGCCGGCAGGGUCCAAGACCAGGAAGAUCCCCUACCCCACGAAGAACCCCUUCACAUGGCUCUUUCUGCUGGUGUCCUGCCCUAACUACACCUAUGAGCUGGGGUCCUGGAUCAGCUUUGCUCUCAUGACGCAGUGUCUCCCAGUGGCCCUCUUCUCCCUGGUGGGCUUCACCCAGAUGACCAUCUGGGCCAAGGGCAAGCACCGCAGCUACCUGAAGGAGUUCCGCGACUACCCGCCCCUGCGCAUGCCCAUCAUCCCCUUCCUGCUCUGAGCCGCCACCCCACUGGCUCGGGCCAGCCAGGCUCUCCUUCCCCCACCCCAUGUCCUUCUGUGGGAGCAGUGGGGGCCACUGCUCUCCAGCGCCUGGAAUAAAGCCUGUCUGCCCAGCUGGAC